GCCCUCUCCUAAUAACUAGGGAGGCGAACCCCACAGAAAAUCGUAGGACGUCAGAGACUGCGAAAAGAGGAGAAAAAAAAAUCCUUAUCUCCUCGCGCGCGCUCCCGGCGACGCGACGCCAUGGCCGCCGCCGCCGCGGUCGUCCACCUCUCCGUGCACGGCCGCCUCCGCCGCGGCUGGCCGGAGGUGGCCCACGCGCGGGCGUGCCGCCGCCCGUCCCUGCUCCGGUGCCGCGCGUUCAAGCAGGAGGCCGACGGGGAGGGGGAGGAGGCGGCGUCGUCGUCGCCGACGACGACGCCCGAGGCGCGAAGGCGCAGGAAGGGCCCGCUCUACAGGCUGAAGGCUGCGAUUCAGGGGCUCGCCGGGUCGCGGGCGGCGGCCGCGGAGGCGUACGGGGGAGAGUACCAGCGCGCCGUCGAGAAGGCCGAGGAGAUCUUCUUCUCGGUUGCUACUCAGGUAGGCAGAUAUGUUAUCACUAUGAUGAGCAGCGGUGUUAUAGUUGCAGUUGGAUUUCAGUUAUCAGGUGGAGACAGCCAAAUGAAUACACUAAUUUGGUAUAGUUGGCUCGGGGGAGUAAUCAUUGGCACAAUGAUAGGUGCAAACAGUGUCCUAGAGGAACACUGCAAAGCCGGACCUCGCAAUGUUGUCAUAACUGGAAGCACAAGAGGGUUAGGGAAAGCACUUGCACGGGAGUUUCUUCUUUCUGGAGAUCGUGUUGUGAUUGCUUCACGCAGUCCUGAAUCAGUCCUCCAGACCAUCAAUGAACUUGAAGAGAACAUACAAGAGGGCUUGUCAGUUGCCAAAAAGAAACAGAGAGAAACUUUGUUACAUGCUAAGGUUGUUGGUACAUCAUGUGAUGUUUGUAAACCAGAAGAUGUGAAAAAGUUGGUGAAUUUUGCUCGAGACGAGCUUGGUUCAAUUGAUAUUUGGAUAAAUAAUGCUGGCACGAACAAAGGUUUUAGGCCAUUGGUAAAUUUUUCUGAUGAAGAUAUUUCUCAGAUUGUCUCAACAAACUUAGUUGGCUCUUUACUAUGCACCAGAGAAGCCAUGAAUGUCAUGCAAUACCAAGAAAAGGGAGGCCACGUAUUUAACAUGGAUGGAGCUGGUUCUGGAGGUUCAAGCACACCAUUGACAGCUGUUUAUGGUUCAACUAAGUGUGGGCUUAGGCAGUUUCAAGCAUCACUUCUGAAGGAAAGCAGAAGAUCAAAAGUUGGUGUACACACCGCCUCUCCUGGAAUGGUCCUUACAGACCUCCUUCUAAGUGGUUCAUCUCUCAGAAAUAAGCAGAUGUUCAAUUUAAUAUGUGAGCUUCCAGAAACAGUAGCAAGGACAUUGGUUCCAAGGAUGCGAGUUGUGAAAGGAAGUGGAAAGGCAGUAAACUACUUGACACCACCAAGAAUCUUGCUUGCCUUGGUUACUGCAUGGGUUCGCCGAGGCCGUUGGUUCGAUGAAGAGGGAAGAGCAGUAUAUGCAGCUGAGGCUGAUAGAAUUCGCAAUUGGGCUGAAAGUCGGGCACGCUUCUCUUUCACAGAUGCAAUGGAGAUGUACACGGAAAACACAUGGGUUUCCGUGUUCUCGCUCUCUGUCGUCUGUGCAUUCAUAAUUCUUUCCAGCUCUGGUGGACCUCUUCCUGGCACAUGAUCCCCGGAGCUUUCAAACUAGAUGGAUACACACACCAUUUUUAUUAUCUACUGAUAUAUGAAUAUGACACAUGAAACUUAUGAAGGGGGAAAAAAAUGAACCCACAAGGGUACAUACGAUCAACGGUGAGAACCAUCAGCUGCCUCACCAUUUAAGGUCAAGCUAACCAUGUGCUCAGGGAAACAAAAGGUAAAUAGCACUUGUUAUGUGGGCAUUCCACUGUUUGUAAGCCGUGACUUGUAAAAAAACUUAUGUCUCAACUGAACUGAGCACGGAUAGAUUCGACAGACGUUACCUGCUGUUGUACAUGCAUGUAGUAAUGUAGUUUUGAUAACUGUAUGUUUGCUCCCACCUAGAACUCAGACUCAAAGUAAGUGAAAGUAAUCAAGCCGCAUGUGCUAUGUAUAUAUAUGAUUUAUCAUCCAUCUAUUUUGUAUCACAUGAAGCCAUAUGGGAUGUUAAAAGCAAAGGUAUCAGCAA